GAAAAGAAAGCUUGAGUGAAGAAAAAACAAACUGAAAGAGCACAAUAGCAAGGUAGCGAUUGUGAGCUAAGAAUACUUCACCGAUGGCCCGCCGACAACAAUCACCACCUAAGCACACACCCAAAACCGUCAUACCAACUACUGGAGCAACUCAUAAGCUGUCACCCCUUACUUUUGGGGAUUUUCUACCUUUGAAGUACCAGGUGACAGUGAAGGAGAAUGAUACUAGCAGCUUAGAGGAUGAAAUUCAACUGGGAGAUACGGACGGAAAGGACACGCCGAAGAGACGAUUGCAGUUUUCCGAUGCAGACAUGUCUUCACAACCUACUCCUAAUGCUCCAGCACAGGUGAAAGGAAAUCACGGUAAUGGUAAGACCCUGAACUUCAUCCCUCCUGUGAUUAAGGAGGGUAUACUUACAGUUCAAAUUGAGGAGGAGGAUAUCCGAUUACAGGUUGAGGAGUGGGAGAAUGCACUAAUAAGGUAUGUUAUUGGGGGAAACCCUUCAGAAGCACAGAUGACAGAAUUUAUCAGGAAGGUAUGGGGUUUUGUCGGACUACCUAAGAUUUUGUACCAUGAAAAUGGAUACUAUGUUUUUAAGUUCCAAAACACCAUUGAUAGAGAAAAAGUGAUGCAAACAAGGCCGUAUUUCUAUGGUAGUAAACCAAUGAUUCUGCGAAAUUGGGAGCUGGACUUUGAAUUGAAUGUUGAAAUGUAUAAUCAAAUUCCAAUUUGGGUGAGAUUUCCCAGCUUACCUGUGGGGUACUGGUCUGUUAGAGCCUUGAGUAAACUUGCUAGUGCAAUUGGGAUACCAUUAUACACUGAUGGGAUCACUGCAAAUGCUGAAAAAAUAGCCUAUGACAGGGUAUUGAUUGAGGUGGACUUGGCUAAGAGCUUGCCUAAUGUCAUAGUGGAAACACCUACUGGUCCAUGGGAUCAAAAUAUUGAGUAUGAAUGAAAACCCAAAUUUUGUAAUCAACGCAUUAGACUUGGACAUGAUGAGAAGGACAUGGGAGAGGGAGUAAAAGUUGACCAUUGGAAGGGGAAGAUGAAGGAUGUUAAUAGGAAAUUGGUGGCCAAAUGGAUGCCUAUCAAACCUCAAGAUGCAAGUGAGGUUAUACAAGAGGUACACCAGAUUCCUACAGAUCAACCUGUGAUAGAUCCUGGCCAAAGAGAGGGUAAGCAACUUGUUGAAGAGAUAGCAGAUGACACAAUGAUUGAAGAGGUAGCAAUGCAGGGUAACUGAAAGAGUGCUGGCAACUAUAUGCCAUUCCUUCCAACAUGAUACUCACUACUUGGAAUAUAAGGGGCCUUAAUCAAGGCCACAAACAGAAAGAGCUGAAACUCUUUCUGAAUAAACAUAGAAUAGAUAUAAUGGAUUGCCUGGAAACAAGGGUUAAGGUAAAGAGAGUUGCACAUAUUAUUAACAGAGUAGCAUAUGGUUGGUCUAGUGUAAAUAAUUACAAGGAUGAUGCAAAUGGAAGAAUAUGGCUUAUGUGGAAAUCAACAUUGAAGGAAUGAAGUGCAGAAGAAAGAAAUGUUAUGGCAGAAUCUUAUGCAAUUAACUUUGCAGAACCAACUUCCUUGGAUUAUAAGUGGGGACUUUAACAGUGUGUUGAGUUCUGAUGAUAGAAUGGGAUCUCCUGUCACUCAACAAGAGGUGCAGGGAUUCCAAAAUGUUAUAGAUCAUUUGCAGCUAACACCAAUAAAGGGAGUGGGAUGGCAUUUUACUUGGUGCAACAAACAUGGAGGAAAUAAGAGAGUCUACAGUAAGAUUGAUUGGGCCUUUCGGAAUAUGGUUUGGCUGCAACAGUUUGGACAUAUAGAGGCAGAAUAUUUGAAUCCUUCAGUAUCUGACCAUUCUCCCAUCCUGAUCAAAUGUAAGCAGUAUUACAGCAUUCAUCCAAGGCCAUUUAGGUUUUUCAAUAACAUGAUGGAGCAUCCUGAUUUUGCUGAAAAACUGAGAAAUGCUUGGGGUGAUAGUGUGGAGAAGAUUAA